AUGUCGAAAAGAAAGCACAACGUUACUGCUAACACGAAAGAAAAGGAAAGUGAUGAAGAUUCACAAAGAGAAGAGCAGAGUGCAGAACCUUUCACAUUGGCACAGGAAAGUGAUGAAGAUGCCCAAGGAGAAGGGCAGAGUGGAGAACCUUUCACAUUGGCACAGGAAAGUGAUGAAGAUUCCCAAAGAGAAGAGCAGAGUGCAGAACCUUUCACAUUGGAGCAGGAAAGUGAUGAAGAUGCCCAAGGAGAAGGGCAGAGUGGAGAACCUUUCACAUUGGCACAGGAAAAUGCCCCUCAAGAAAUACGUGAUGAUAUCCACUCUCAUGGACUAACGGAAGGGCAAAGUUGCAUCUCUAUUUUCUCCUUUGCAUUGAGACACAACACUACUGGUGUAUUGAUGGAAGACCUGCUGAAACUUCUAAAGUUACAUUCUGCUGGGACAAAUGCAGUACCAUCAAGCAAGUAUUUUUUGGAGAAACCAUUAGCUGGUAUUAUAGAUCAAUUAAAACGCCAUCAUUACUGCAGAGUAUGUACUAAGUACCUUGGCACUUUACAAUCACAAGAAGAAACACUUACAUGUGUGUCAUGUUCCUCGUCCAUAACAGUAAAAGACAGUUUACAGGAAGGACAUUUCUUUAUCAGUAUUCCAUUAAAGGAUCAACUGAAGGAUGUUCUUGAGAAUCAAGGUAUGCACGAUCUCUGUUUUCGUCCUGAUGAUAGUAGUAGGCAUGUAAUAAGUGAUAUAUGUGAUGGCACCUUAUAUCAGACCUUGAAAUCUAACAGUGAAGAGGAUUUCCUCUCCCUUACAUUUAAUUGUGAUGGUGUACCAGUCUUUCAGUCCUCUAAAUUGAGUAUUUGGCCUAUACUGUGUUGUGUUAAUGAGAUACCCCCUGAGAGUAGAGAUAAGCAUGUGCUUUUAUGUGCUUUAUGGUUUGGAGCAAAAAAGCCAGACAUGACCUGCUACUUCCAACCAUUUGUAGAGGAAUGUGCCAAUCUUUCACAAGCUGGCUUUGAGUGGCAACAUCCUAGUGAUCAGUCAUGGAGACACGUGAAGGUGCACCCAUUGUGCUGUGUGUGUGAUGCAGUAGCAAGGCCAUUACUACAAAAUUUUAAGCAAUUUAAUGGUGAAUAUGGCUGCGGAGUCUGCCUUCACCCUGGGGUGCAGAUGAGGAAAGGAAAAGGAAAGUCAAGGGUUUACACAUGUGCAGAUGAAAAACCAAGUGACAGAAAUCAUAAAACCACAGUAGAGAUAGGACAAAUUGCUGAAAGAGAAGGGACAACAAUAUUGGGCAUAAAGGGCCCAUCUGCCAUUGUAGAUUUACCAAACUUCGAUGCUUUCACAAAGCCAUAA